CCUGACGCGCCGCAGUUGAAAGGAUUCAAGGUUCUCCAGGGCGCCAAGUUAGGUGGUCAGCUGGUUAUGAUUUCUGUAUGGACCGUUUACGAGGACAUUUUAUUGUACACAUUCUUACUGUCUCCUUGUUAAUUGGAGCUUUGAGACAAUUAUAUGGGAAUAAGUCCCCAGUUGUAAUAAUACCUGGUGAUGGGGGAUGUCAGGCGUACUGCAAACUAAAGAAUUCUACAUCUCCUCCUUUCUUGGUGUGGAUAAAUUUACGCUAUUUCCUGGAGCCCGGAAAAUUGACCGAUUACUUCGGUCUAGUGUAUGAUCCGAUUACCAAAAGGUCAAGGAAUCCUGAAAGUACAGACGUAUUAUUCCCUGGUUGGGGCGAAACAUGGUCGAUCGAAAAUUUAGACAGCUACAAACAUGGGAGAACUGAAUAUUGUGCGCCAAUUAUCGAGUCACUUCGUCUGGAUUCUUACUUCGUUUCAAAUUGGACUAUGCGUGGUGCACCUUUUGACUUCCGUAAAGCUCCAAAUGAGAACGAAGAUUUCAGUGGCAAAUUGAAGUACCUAGUCGAAGAAACCUACCACAAUGGUGGGAAUCGACCUGUCGUUCUGGUUGGCCAUAGUUUGGGUGCUAAGUAUGCAAUGUAUUUCUUGAAAUCCAUGACAGGAUCGUGGAAGAAAACCUAUAUCAAAACCUUGGUUUUGCUUAGCGCACCUCUUGGUGGGUCAGUAAAGGCUCUUAAAAUCGAGGCGAGUGGAGAUAACUUCGGGAUGUUUAUACGCAGUCCACUGAGUUUUCGCCCGGUUCAGCGGACAUUACCUUCUCUUGCUUCCUUUUACCGGAUUCUCGUCUGUGGUCAUCCUCCGAGCCUCUUAUUGUUACGCCCACAGCAAACUAUUCUGCUCAUGACUAUGAACGUUUUCUUUCGUGAUAUCAAUUACUCAGUCGGGUAUCAAAUGAUGUUGGAUAGUAAACCUAUAAUUGAUGCAUUUGAAAAACCAGUCGAUAUAGAUGACAUUUAUUGCAUUCAUGGAUCAAAUUUAAGCACUACUGAUAAAAUGAUUUAUUCUCCGCCCAGUAUCUUUCAUGGUGCUUUUCCAGAUCAAGUGCCAACAUUAAUCCCUGGAAACGGUGAUGGAACUGUAAGUAUACGUAGUUUAGAAGUGUGUAAACGCUGGCCUGGAGUGAAAUAUUAUAUUAUACCUGGAGCUGAACAUGUAAAUGUCAUGGGUGAUCCACGUUUCAUUGAUAUUAUCCGUCGAAUUGUUGGUGCUAAUGUCACCAAAGCUGUGUAAUUUUCAGGUCGUUUUAUUUUCCCUUUUUUCCGUUUGACUUCAUGUUUUUUUCCUGACACAUUUUCAUUUGAAAGCUGAAUUCUGUCUCACUAGUUCUGAAGCCUUUUGCCUAAAAGCGUGUAACUUUAUAAAUGAAGGUAUUAUUUAUUGGUGAACAGGUCGAAUUGUGAAAUUCACAUCCACUUUGUGGAUUUUUUAUUUAUCUCAACUGACAUCAUUCUCUUCAAUACUAGAUCUUAUGAAUAAUCUCAUCACAACUGAGUCUUUCUUAGAAUUCACAUGUCUCUUGUUUUAAUACAUUUUUUGUCAUAUUUUAUCAGAUAAAAAGUAUUUUGUUAAUAUAUUUAGUGUAACUGUUCAUCGAAUAUUGUCGAGAAAUAUACCGAUUUUGUUUUCCAAACAAUUGUGUAGACAUUCUCACUACAAACUCAUUUUAUAUUGAACACUCUGUCCUGUUUUGCCACUUAACUCAAGAAAACACUAAUAUUCUCAGCUUCCUCCUCUUUAGAAAUCUUUUUUAUCGUCUUUAUCGUUCAUCAUCCAGUGUUAGUUUGGAAUUCAAUGUUGACGUAAAC